CUUUGGGGUUCAGGUGACUGAGUGUGGGAAGCCUUUGUCAUAGGGUAAAAGUUGCAUACCCCUGGGCUGUAGGCUGCACACUUUGGGUCAAAUAUCAGGUUCUGUAGCUGUGUAUUUUAUCAGAACAAAUCUGUUCUACAAUGAUUAUUUUCCUUAGCUCAGGGUUGUUUUGCCUAUUGAUGGCAGCUGUGGGCAUACAAGCACAACAGACACCUUCUAUAAAUGACCUAAACGCUGAAUGCCUUGGUAACGUUAUUCGUUUGAGUGUCGCUCCUCUUUUUGAAGAGGUUGAUGCUGUCUUCAAUGACACACAAAUCAUAAACCUGACGCCUGGCCUUGCUACUCAGUGUGGAUUCAGCUUUAAAUUUGACCCCAUGGGGAAUGCCAUGUUUUUUGCUUCUCUUCAAAACUGCUUUUCCCAAAACAUGGAUGAUAAGAUGUUCAGCUUGGUCAUGCAGUUCAGGCUGCCAGGAAACCACAUGACUGAAGACCCUGUGUAUAGAGUGGGCAAAACCUGUAGCUACACCCCCUGGACCUCCCGAGAGAUUCUGUGCGACCGCAACUACAUGGAGGUGUCUGUCAGAAGGACUCUUCCAGACAUCCAAACCAUCCCCGAACAGCCCACUGGGGGCCCGAAAGCAAGGAGCGGCAACUUCCGGAGAGGAGCUGAGGCUGUUGCUUCAGGAUACAAAAUGACAGCAGUCGUCUUUAGUCCUAGCAAGAAUGUCAUGAAUGUGGAUGAGGUCCAAAGAAAGGGCUAUGCAAUAGCCAACACUCCCACACGGCUGGUGUUAAGAAGCCCUCAUAAUGCAGAGGAGACAUACCUCCAGAAUGUAGCUGGGGUUCCGAUGCGGGUGCUCUCAACCUCAACCUUCUUUGAGCAGAAGUGGCUGGUUACUCGAGUAGAUGCCACGGCUGUUUGUCCAACACCAGGUUGAGUGUGAAAUAAUUUAAGA